AUUUGUCUUGGUUUUAUACCUGAGCUUUUAUUAGCUGUUCAUUUUCGACGAAAAAAACAUUUGCAAUCAUGGAAAUGAAUAGUAAAGGAAACACGAACGAUGGAUUCGAGGACUACAAAGAUGAAGAUCCAAAGACGCCAGCUUCCAAGCUGCCGCCUGUAGCGCGGCCGAAACAACUGACGGCAGAGGAGCGCAGGGAGAAGUUUCAUAUACUCAAAAAUAUAAUAAUAAUCUCUACCGCAUUCUUCCUGCUCUUCUCCUCAUUCCAGUCUAUGGCAAACCUCCAGUCUUCAAUAAAUCCCGGAUCAGGAACCAUAGCUCUGGCCGUCCUGUACGCGGCGCUGGUCGUAUCGUGCGCCUUCAUCCCGACUUUAUUAAUCAAGAAACUCACGGUGAAGUGGACCAUGGCGUUGUGUGUGUUGGGUUACUCAUCGUACAUCGCCGCCCAGUUCUACCCUCGGCACUUUACCCUCAUCCCAACCGCCAUCAUCUUGGGACUGGGAGCUGCUCCGAUGUGGUCGUCGAAAUGCACAUAUCUCACCCAGGUAGGAAAACGGUACGGAGAAAUCGUGGGUGAGAACAGCGAGGUGAUCAUAACGCGCUUCUUCGGGCUGUUCUUCCUGUUCUUCCAAUCGUCGCAGGUGAUCGGCAAUCUCAUUUCAUCAACAGUUUUAUCCCAGGGAGAAUCGCCCCGACGCACCGAAGAGCAACUACAAUUGUGUGGGGUGAACUUCUGCCCGCACCACAACUUGUCGUCUGGCAACGUGACGACGAUAGAUCCUCCUGAACAGUCAAAGAUCUACACCAUGGCUAGCAUAUACUUGGUGCUCUCUUUGCUGGCUUCCGUCAUCAUCGCUAGUUUCGUAGAUCCUUUGACGCGGUUCGUUGAUGAAACUAAAGACGCGUCAUCCACCGGCAAGAGCGGGUUGCAGUUGCUGGUUGCAACCUUCAACCACAUGCGUCAUCCCUUCCAGCUCCUCAUCAUCCCGCUCACCAUCUGGUCCGGGGUGGAGCAGGGAUACAUAGGCGCGGAUUACACUGCGGCAUACGUGUCUUGUGGACUUGGAGUUCACAUGGUUGGUUACACUAUGAUUUGCUUCGGGGUUUGUGAUGCCAUUUGCUCAAUAAGCUUCACGCCCCUGGUGAAAAUUGUGGGUAGACUUCCUGUGUUCACGCUCGCCGCCAUAUUGAAUGCUGCUGCCAUCAUCAUCAUGUUCACAUGGAGGCCAACCCCGGACAAUUUAGCCAUGUUCUUCAUCGUCCCUGCGCUGUGGGGCACGGCUGAUGCCGUAUGGCAAACCCAGAUCAAUGCUCUAUACGGAGUGAUAUUUCCAGGGGAGUCUGAAGCAGCGUUCAGCAACUACCGACUUUGGGAAUCUAUUGGUUACAUCAUCAACUAUGCUACACACAGUUCGCUGUGUAACACAGAUAAACUAUUUAUUGUAGUAGGUUUUCUGGUUAUAGGAAUGAUUGGUUACUAUAUUGUCGAAUUAAUUGAUCGAAUGAAUUGGCUACCAAAAAAUGAACGAGGUAUCGCAAAACCUAUUGACAAAAUUUGUUCGUGAUAGUUCUGAACAUCAUUUUUAAAACUGGAUAUUCAUUGCAGAAAUUUUAACUGUAACUCAUGUUUCCGUGACAACCGUCAGUGCCACUUUAUUCGCUCAACUCAACACUCAUGUUUCCUGUUUUCGGUAGAAACGAUUUAUUUUAUAAACUAAACUGAACCACAACUUACAAGCGGGAUUGAAAAAGUCUCAUUGUUAUUAUGUGGUUUUCGAAUCCUACAAAUUGCAGUUCUAACAAAUUUAAAUUGCGGUUUGUAUUGGCAAGCCUCGAGGUAAGUGCAGCAUCAGCAGAGUGGCUUCCCAUGCGUCAUUAAAUGCAAAAAAUGUUCGUCAAGUAAAUUUUAUUAGAUUAAAUUUACGCUUAGUUGUAUUUUAUAAUGGUACGUUUCAUGAGUUUGUAGUUACUGUACCGAAACACCUAUUUUUUUAAAGAAUGGCAACACUUGACUUUCAUAGACGUCAGUCACUGUGUUUACUGUGUUAUAGAAAAAUGUGACUUGAAAAUAUACGUCAGCAACUGAUCAAACAUUUCCUAAAUAUAUAAUGUAGAGUCUAUUUUGGUUUUAUAAAUGCCUAGGAAUUCGUUAAAUAUUUGUUAAGAUUUUAUUAAAUUUCUUAAUGUAGGAUUUAGACCUCGUCUUCAGCUAUAAUAUAUUUUUAAGUUAUAUGUUUAAUGUUUUAACAGGAGGAUUUAAUGCAAGUUCCAGUAACGUGACAGUUAGUCGCUUUGGAGAGGAUCGAACUAAUUCAGUUACGCAUGUUGAGAAAACUAAAUGCAGAUCUAUCGUUUUCAUUAAUUAAUAUUGUCAUAAAGUUAAUGAGGGUCUAUCACGAUAAUAAAUCUUUCAAUAACAAAAAUUAAUGAGGGAAUAGCUAUCGCGCUCAUUAAUAUCAUGGAAAAAUAAAUGAGGAACUAUCGUAGUAAUUAAUUUCAUAUAAAACAAAUGAGGGCCUUUUGUACUCAUUAAUAUUAUAGAGAAAUAUAUUAGGAGAUAUUGUACUAAUGUCAAAAUUUCGUCUCCCAAUUUUCGAAUUUUGAAAAUUCUUGUAUAGUUCACAUAUUUCGUAAAAUUAUUUAGUGACUUUCAAAAAGUGUAUACUUUUAUAUACGCUUUAAAUACUAUACUUUUUUACUGUUCGUGUUAACAGUGUAACUAUGUAGAUGUAAUUAUCGAACUUGUAAAAAAAUUAAUUAAAUUUCUUGAGUCAU